CAACAUAAUCGGUUGAAUCAUGAUGGCGGCUCUACAAACAUUCAGUACAUGUAUCUAGCUGGCGUUCGAUUCAGUGUUGUUCGGGUCGCGCCAGUGUCGACACGCUACCUCGUCUGCAGAUAACAAAACCCGGUACCGUUCCGUGUUUCGUACGGGCAGUGAUAAACAGAGUGCAGGAUUCCGGUGUACAAGUGUGUGGUUAUGUGGCGGCGAGUGAUAUGACAGCGUGCGCCGCGAGACGGAUUCCAGCCGUCUUCAUGAGGAUACUGGUGACAAGACUGGCCCCGAGAUCAUGGUGGCUCCCGAUUCCGAGGCUCCUUCGAAUCCUCGGAUAGCGACCGCGCACGAGACUCCGUCCGCCGCCGAGGCGCGCCACAGCGCCGAUCUGUACGUCCGCACCAGCUGGGUGGACGCCGCGCUAGCGCUCUCCGAACUCGAGAAGGGUAACAUCGAAGGCGGGAGGACAUCGCUGUGGAUCCGGGCGUGGCUCCAGGAGCAGCUGUUCAUCUUGGGCUGCUUUCUCCAAGGAGACGCCGGGAAAGUUCUAUUCGUGGCGAUACUCGUCCUCUCAACGUUUUGCGUCGGCCUCAAGUCCGCCCAGAUACACACGAGAGUCGACCAGCUCUGGGUUCAAGAGGGAGGGAGAUUGGAAGCCGAGCUGAAGUAUACGGCCCAGGCGCUAGGCGAGGCCGACUCCUCUACGCACCAGCUCGUCAUACAAACUGCCAAAGAUCCAGACGUCUCUUUGCUUCACGCUGGUGCACUUUUGGAACACCUAAAGGUGGUGAGUGCCGCGACUCGAGUAAAGAUUCAUAUGUACGACAUCGAGUGGCGGCUCAAGGACCUCUGCUACAGCCCCAGCAUCCCGGACUUCGAGGGCUACCACCACAUCGAGUCCAUCAUAGACAACGUCAUCCCGUGCGCAAUCAUCACGCCGCUCGACUGCUUCUGGGAGGGGUCCAAGUUGCUUGGUCCUGAAUAUCCUAUAUUUGUACCUCAUCUAAAAAACAAACUACAAUGGACUCAUUUGAACCCGCUCGAAGUAUUAGAGGAAGUGAAGAAGCUAAAGUUCCAGUUCCCUCUGAGCACAAUGGAGGCGUACAUGAAGAGGGCCGGCAUCACGUCCGCUUACAUGAAGAAGCCGUGCUUAGACCCCACCGACCCUCAUUGUCCAGACACGGCGCCGAACAAAAAAUCAGGACAUAUUCCAGAUGUAGCGGCAGAGCUGUCCCACGGAUGUUACGGUUUCGCGGCUGCGUACAUGCACUGGCCGGAGCAGUUGAUAGUGGGCGGAGCGACGAGGAACUCCACAUCAGCUCUGAGGAGUGCGCGCGCCCUGCAGACCGUCGUCCAGUUGAUGGGCGAGCGAGAAAUGUACGAAUACUGGGCCGACCACUACAAAGUGCACCAAAUUGGUUGGAAUCAAGAAAAAGCCGCCGCCGUACUUGAUGCUUGGCAGAGAAAGUUUGCAGCUGAAGUAAAAAAGAUGACUACCUCAAGUUCAGUGUCAGCAGCGUACAGCUUCUACCCGUUUUCGACCUCAACUUUGAAUGACAUACUCGGAAAAUUCUCGGAAGUCUCACUAAAGAACAUUAUUUUGGGAUACAUGUUUAUGUUAAUUUAUGUUGCUGUAACGUUAAUACAAUGGCGAGAUCCAAUUCGUUCUCAAGCUGGAGUGGGUAUAGCCGGAGUAUUGCUUCUGUCGAUCACAGUAGCCGCUGGCUUAGGCUUUUGUGCAUUAUUAGGCAUACCAUUCAAUGCAUCGAGUACACAAAUAGUGCCGUUCCUAGCUCUCGGACUAGGUGUUCAAGAUAUGUUCCUUCUCACUCACACAUACGUUGAACAAGCGGGAGAUGUGCCGAGAGAAGAGAGAACCGGACUGGUACUGAAAAAGAGCGGACUGAGCGUUCUACUGGCCUCUCUGUGCAAUGUUAUGGCGUUCUUAGCUGCAGCUCUACUGCCUAUACCUGCGUUUCGGGUAUUUUGUUUACAGGCGGCCAUCCUCUUACUAUUCAACCUGGGUUCAAUGUUGUUGGUGUUUCCUGCGAUGAUCUCACUGGAUCUCCGGCGUAGAUCAGCGGCGAGAGCCGAUCUAUUGUGUUGUUUGAUGCCAGAAAGUCCGCUUCCCAAAAAGAAAAUUCCAGAGCGAGCUAAAUCAAGGAGUGGAAAGACUGAUAAGAACAAUAGGUUAGACACGACUCGGCAACCAUUAGAUCCAGAUGUGACGGGCGAGCAACCCAAAGCCUGUUGCCUCAGCGUGUCGCUCACCAAGUGGGUCAAGAACCAAUACGCGCCCUUCAUAAUGCGCCCCGCUGUUAAGGUAACAUCAAUGCUAGCGUUGAUAGUAGUGAUUUUGGCGAGUGUUUGGGGAGCCACGAAAGUCAAAGAUGGAUUGGAUUUAACAGACAUAGUACCAGAACAUACUGAUGAACGCGAAUUUCUUACGCGCCAAGAGAAAUACUUCGGCUUCUACAAUAUGUAUGCUGUGACGCAGGGCGACUUUGAAUAUCCCACGAAUCAGAAAUUGUUAUACGAAUAUCACGAUCAAUUUGUUCGAAUACCGAAUAUUAUUAAAAACGACAACGGUGGACUCACAAAGUUUUGGUUGGGUCUAUUUCGCGACUGGUUACUGGAUUUACAGGAUGCAUUCGACAAAGAAGUAGCCAGUGGCUGUAUCACUCAAGAAUACUGGUGUAAGAAUGCAACUGAUGAAGGAAUAUUAGCUUAUAAGCUUAUGGUACAGACGGGUCAUGUAGACAAUCCGAUUGACAAAUCACUCAUUAAUUCUGGUCACAGAUUAGUCGAUAAAGAUGGGAUUAUAAAUCCUAAAGCGUUUUACAACUAUCUAUCAGCAUGGGCAACGAAUGACGCAUUAGCGUAUGGAGCAUCUCAAGGAAAUCUGAAACCACAACCCCAAAGAUGGAUUCAUUCUCCGGAAGACGUCCAUUUAGAAAUAAAGAAGUCAUCACCGUUAAUCUACACUCAAUUACCGUUUUAUUUAUCGGGGCUGAGUGAUACUGACAGUAUAAAGACAUUGAUAAGGUCAGUUCGAGAGCUUUGUUUGAAGUACGAGGCGAAAGGAUUACCGAACUUUCCUUCUGGAAUACCGUUCUUGUUUUGGGAACAGUAUCUGUAUUUGAGGACAUCACUGUUACUGGCUCUCGCGUGUGCUUUGGGUGCUGUUUUUAUUGCGGUGAUGGUGCUGCUCUUGAAUGCAUGGGCGGCGGUGUUAGUGACUCUAUCAUUAGCCACUUUGGUGCUGCAACUGUUAGGAGUAAUGGCUAUUCUGGGCGUCAAGCUCUCAGCAAUGCCUGCGGUGUUACUGGUACUGGCUGUUGGACGAGGCGUACAUUUUACUGUCCAUUUAUGUUUGGGUUUCGUUACUUCAAUAGGUUGCAAGCGUCGCCGAGCGUCGCUAGCUCUAGAGGCAGUGCUCGCGCCGGUGGUGCACGGAGCGCUGGCCGCUGCGCUGGCAGCCUCCAUGCUAGCUGCCAGCGAGUUCGGCUUCGUGGCACGACUGUUCCUCAGACUGCUACUGGCACUCGUGGUGCUUGGAUUAGUUGACGGAUUGCUGUUCUUCCCUAUCAUACUGUCGAUAUUGGGACCGGCUGCUGAGGUGCAACCUUUGGAGCAUCCCGAACGAUUGUCAACACCUUCACCGAAAAGUUCGCCCGUCCAUCCUCGGAAAUCAAGUUCUGGUUCAAACGGAGGCGACAAAUCCAGUCGAACCAGCAAAACGGCUCCACGACCUUCCGGACCAUCAUUGACAACUAUAACAGAAGAGCCAUCCAGUUGGCACAGCUCCAACCACUCUGUUCAGUCGUCAAUGCAGUCCAUAGUGGUUCAACCGGAGGUGGUGGUAGAGACGACUACGUAUAACGGAAGCGAUUCUACUUCUGGCAGAUCAACGCCGACUUCGAAAUCGACGCACACUGGAGCUGUCACUACAACUAAGGUAACCGCAACAGCGAAUAUAAAAGUUGAGGUAGUAACGCCAAGCGACAGAAAAUCACGACGCUCAUAUCAUUACUACGACCGUCGAAGGGAUCGAGAUGAUGACAGAGAUAGAGAAAGAGAUCGUGAUCGGGAUCGAGAUAGAGACAGAGAUCGUGAAAGAGAUCGUGAUAGAGACAGAGAGAGAUCUAGAGAACGGGACCGAAGGGACAGGUAUAGGGAAGAGAGAGAUCAUCGCGCUUCGCCGAGAGAAAACGGUCGUGAUUCUGGGCAUGAAAGUGAUUCUUCCCGACACUGAGGAAUAGUGUUUCUCGUACUUGCCAGCGAAGACAACAAUUAGUGUAUCAAAUUGAAAACCACGUUAUUUUUCCAUUGUGUUAGUUCUAAAUGGUAUAUCGGAAUACGGGAUUCAACGGAGGUAAACGAAGAAAUCUCUCUCUUGUUGACUGCACAGUGAUAUCAUCGCGAUUAAAUGUGUUUUGAGGUUCUAAGUACCGCUUUGUGACACCUUAAGACAGUAUUAUACGAAUGAAAAGUAAUAUUAAAAUAUACCUAUCAUUUAUUUGUGGAUAUAGUGACAUUUACGAUUUGUGUCUUACGAAUUUAUCGCAAUAUUGACUUUACGAUCAACUACAACUAUUCAAUAUCAUCUUUUCCGUCAAUGUAUGGAAAUGGGCUUAUAGCUACUCGUACGAGUAGUUUCAGAAGUGCUAGUAACGGAAAUGUUUCAAAUAAGUAUGAAACUAUACUUAAAUCAUUCCGUAUUUUGACCUUAAUGUUUCUAUUUGUAUAUCUACAAAAAUGCUAAAGGCUAAAGGUAUCUAAGACAUCCAUCUACCUGUAGUGGACUCUUCUGAUACUUGUAAAUUAACGUUAGCUUGUAAAUAUAUUUGACGAAUGUGUUUUAUUUAGGCAGUUAGUUGAAUGCUAGCAACUAGCAUUUUGACGACUGUGUAUAUAAAACAUUAGAGAAGUAUCCUUGAUUUAAUUGUAAAUGUAUUUUGGUUAAUAGAUGUCAACAGGUAUUUUUUUUUCUGGGCGACUGAGUUCUGCUUAGACUACUUAUUUAAACGUAUUUUUAAAAAGUGCUUAGUAAAGUUAAAUAUUGGUUAUGCGUAAUAAUAAUCAAAGAGUUCACCGCAUAAAAACUGCCUGAGCUGUCAUUUUACCACAACUUGAGCAAAAUCGUCUUCCGAAACCAUUUUAAUACUAUUUUACUAAUGCUUGCAAUAGACCUGCAGUUUUAACUGUAUAGUCAAACUGUUCAGUUAAAUCGUGUGCAGGCAAAUGUGAGAACUGUACAGUAUUUUCUUCUGAUUUUGUCAGAUAUUCUCAUUAGAUAAAUCUGUACAGUUAAAACUACACUUGAAAUUUGAAUGUCUGUGGCCCGCAUAAUAGUUUAGCUCUAAAGAAAGUGUAGUUGUAUUGACUGGCUAUCAAAAGUGUCGAGAGAGUUUUAAAUACAAGAUAGUUCUUUUUUUUUGUACAAACCGUACCUGUUUACAUUUAUUAACCACAAUAUGUAGUCCCAAUGAUGAAAAAAGAAAAAAAUCGUUAAUACGUUGAGCGUUAAACGUUUAUUUUUCAUGUUCCUAUUAUGACAUUCUUCUUAUUGUGACUCCAUUAUCUAUUACGAAUUUGUUACAAUUUUCACGUAAAAAGACUGCGGUCGAAUUUGUUUAAUAAUUUAUCAUAUUAUUAUUUAUUUUGUGACUAUAAUUAUAAAUUUCACCAGAAGAAAAAAAAGGAGUUUGUGAAAACACUCAAAUUUAUUGUACAAAUUAUUUAAGUAGAUUGUAUAUUAGGUAAGUCAUCUAUUUAUGAGAUUACUUAGAUUUUUAUUUAUAGUGUGCGCCAAACUUGUAGACCGUUCUGACGUUGCAGUAAGUCGAACUGCGCAGCUAUUAUAACCACGAUGGGCUAUGUUUUUGUACAUUGCGCAGUCACGCCUCGUAUUCAGAGCGGACUUGAAAUUUGGCGCAUACUUUACCUAACUGUAUUCUAGUGAUCUUUACUAAGGUCAUUAUGUAUACGGAUAAGACUGCAUUAAGCGAACGAAACUCAAACUUUUAGUGUACAAAGCUGAAUAGUCCGUCAGUGUGGGAUAUUCACAGGUGUUAACUAAUUAAGAAGAUUCUCUAUAAAUUAAAUUGUUUAUUUAUCAAAUAUAAUAAAUAGUUCAGUGCUUUUAAUUUUUACAAAAUUUUAAUAAUAGUUGCCGAUUAAUCUUUCUAUUUACGAGUAUUUAUGUACAAAAUGUGAGAUUUGUACUAGUGUCUUCACUUUAUAGCUAAACCAUACAUCUAAUUGUGAUGAAAUAUCGAGUUGUUUUACGUAAUUAUAAUAUGUAAAUUAUUUUUACUUGUCAGUGUCAGUCCAGACGAGUUACUCAUAAUUUUUUAUUAUAUUAUUAUUUUUAUCAGGAUAUUUACAUUAAUCGGCAACUAUCAAGAUUAACAAACAUACAUUUCUUUUUUUCAUACAGAAGGAAAAUUCCUCAUUAAUUAACAGCUUAAAUCCUGCCAGCUAAAAAUUUUUUUUAUUUAUUAGUAAAAGAAAAUUUUUUUUACUCAGCAGACAUCUGUGAUGAAUCCUAAUCUGAGCUAAGAAACAACUGACCUCAGUUUAAUGAAAUUAGUGAUUAGUGUUGUGACAUUUUGUGCAGAGUACUUAUUAGUUGAUAUUAAUUUAUGCUUAUGUAAUUGUAAUGUAAUGUUUUGUAAAUAUAGCGUUAGUGUAACGGGAAGCCAACGCACAAUGUACAAAAGUAUAUUUUUACUUUUGUAUAUGUAUUUUAUAUAUUUUUUUGUACAAUUCAUAAUGACAUAUUGUCUUAAAACAU